AUCUUGGGGGGUUAAUCGGUUACACCUUACACGUAAACCUGCCGUCACUUAACACUUAACAGACCCACAAAAGACGGCCGUGGAUGGUCGUAUCUUUGAGAAGCCUUUCUUUUCAAUUUCGUUCUCGAUCAUUUCUUCUCCUUUAAAUGCUUGUUUGCUCCCUGCUCGUCUGGAGAAGAAACCGAGCUCUCCCCGGCGCUCAACCGAUCGGAACGACGAACUCUAGGACGUGAAGGAAAAGAAUUCCGAUUCCAGUUUCGUUUCCCGGCGAUCUUUCCACAUUCUCGCGCUUUCGCUGUCGAGGUACAUCUGCGAGCAAACAACCGUCUUUGUUAGAACGGCGUGCUCCGCUCAUCGAUCUCUGCUGUUUGGAAUCGGAAUCCAGUCUGAUCUUGUUUCGAAUUUCCCGCGGUGGAUACGUAAUAUAAAGUAGGGUUACGAGUAUGAGAAAUGAAUCGUAAAGGCGAUCUCUCGCUUGUUUCUUUGUACAGUGUAUUUCUCUUUUUUAUAGUUUCACUGUAUGAUUGAUGUGUGUGGUGUUUAGUUGAAUCGUAUUUUGUUUCGGUAAAGUUACUCUUGAAGGUUGAAGAAACUUGUUAUGGAGACUGCUUUCUUCAACUGCUAGCCUUCCUUUGUAUGAUUGCAGUUGAGAUUCUUUUGGCUAUCUUGCUAGUUUCAGCAGAUUUUAGUGACUGAAUGAUUGAUGAGGAUGGAUAAGAAGUGUUUAAGUAGCUAGCUUCCUGUCACAUUUGCUUAUGUUGUUUAAUUUCCUUUUCUUUUUGUUUGUUCUUGAUUCUCAGUGGUUCCUUUUCUCCGUUGUAGCAAUGAAGCCAGGAAAUUCUAGUUUGAACCCAUAUGCAGCCUCGUAUAUACCUGUUUCUAGGAGGGAAGUAGUUGAACAUACUCAAUCUCCAGGGGUGGUUGCAAAAGCUUCGCAGAGUGGCAAUCAAAACGUGUGGUAUGGACCUGGGUAUGCCGUUGAGAACAGGCAGCUUGGGAAAGCUUCUCCAAUUACUUCAGCCGAAAGCCAUUAUGGGAAUGGAGUCUAUGGUUCAUUAUCACAGCAGCAGGAUGGAAGAACCGAAAAGCAAAUUAUGGAUGAAGUGUCUGACUUUGAGUUGGAAUUUCUACAGAUGACGUUUCCUGGUGUAUCUUUUGAAUCACUUAUGGAUGUGUAUGCAGCUAAUAAUGGAGACUUGGAAAACACAAUUGACAUGCUUAACCAGCUUGAGGUUGACAUUCCUCUCCCUGAUUCUUUGGAUAUCUGGGAUGUUUCAGAGCCCGCGUCGAUAGUGAAACAGAAGAACCUCGUAGGCGAAGCCAGUGCCUCUUCAUCUGGUUCCACCUCGGUCUCAGGCCCCGCUGUCUCGUCAUCUUGAUUCAUUUACAAGGGGAAAAAGCAGAACAAAUGUUGAAAGUGUUGUUCCUUCUCUUUUGUUUCUCCCCAUUUCUGUGGAUGGAGUAGAGUACAUAGAUAGAGGAAUUCUGGGUUAAAGAGGGAAAAAGUUAGAUAGAAUAUGUUGUGGUACAGAGUUUGCGCGGGCGGUUUUCUUUUGUUUGGAUUCACAGGCAUACAGGUUUCUGGUGUUGAAUCUUCCUAACUGGAAGGUUGGUCAUUUUGCGUUCUGCAGUUUUCCGUGUUGUUCAGUUUUGCUGUCCAGUAGGGUGUAAAAACCGUCGAGGAUGACAUUGGAUGGCUUGGUUGUUGUAAGUGCCGAUCAAAUGUUUGGAUUAUACCUAGCCAACUGCUGAAAGAUUUCCUAUGGUAACCUACACACUAUCUGACAAUCAUUUCUGUUAAUUGUAGACCUUCCUUCACUCAUUUGACAAGAAACGUCGGACUUAAGAUUGGAAUUGAAGGAUUUGGUGGUUUCGCAUUGGUGAUGUAUGAGAUAUAAGCCGACAGCUAAUAUCCUGAACGAGGCCAAAAACAACCUCCUUUUCCCUCCCAGCCACCAGCUACAGAGAAAACCCAAUUCUCACCAAAAGGAUGAAGUCCAGUGAACAACCAUGAAAAUGCACAAUUAAUUUUUUGAACACGGAAAGGAAAGCAUAGAGGGAGAAAGAGAAAUGGGGAAAAUAAUGAAAAUGGAACAAGGCUGUUGUCUGUUGACGAGUUCCAUGACUCGAACUCUAAUUAGGCAAUGGAUAACAUGAUCAGGAGUCACAUCUCAGUAGCUUCAGAAGCUGGGAACCUCCUCCAACUCCAAUCCAUCUCGACCGUAACGAGGUGCAGGGGAGGCUCUUGUAUUGUAGCUACCUGUCUCGAGUCGAAGGACUGCUGCUGGGUUGUCUUGCACCUAUCCUAUCCUUCCCUUUUCAAUAGCAACCGCACCUUCCCUCACGACCACAGUUCGUAAGACCCUCAGAUUCCUCUGCACACGGCUGACUUGACUUCUGCACAUCACCAACGCUGCAAUAUUCAUCCACCUAUCGAAUUCCUUCCACAAAAUUCCUUGCUCCAAUUUCUUCAGCCGCCGUUUGGUUUCCUGCUCCGCCUCUAUCCCUUUACAAACCCUAUUGUGUUCCCACCCCUGCAACUACACCUUCCUUCGGUAUUCCCGACGCUUUUCUUCAUUCUCGACCAAUUUUUUUCACACUUUCGGCUUUGGUCUGUUGUCCAAACUACUUAACAUAUCUAUGCAACUUCACGAGAAGCCCCCCUCAAGUUUAUGUUGCUUCCUCAUAGAAAUUAUAUAUGUUGCAUUUUAAACUACAUGAUGGGUGGGUACGCAUGAUUUUUACGUGAAGCUUGGUUCAACGAAUUACUUGAUGAGUGGAGUUGUAGCUUUUAGAUCAAGUUUGAUGGAAUAUAUUUUGUUCCUCACGUAUAUUUUGAGUUUAAGGGCUAAGAUGGAGGGAGCAGAUCCAUCCUGUGAAUAACCCGUUCACAUCACAAUCCUCUCUCAUGGAAAGCCUUUUUUUUUACCCUUUAAUCUUUAACGGACGAUUUCUCUUUUGUUUUAAGUCGAAAUUUAAUUUUUUCUGCACAGAUAAAUCAGAUUAAAUGUG